ACCCACAGUCGUGUUUCCCUCUGCCUAAAAGGCAAAUGGCUGAAUCCCUCGCAUUUACCAUCGGUGAACAACUCUUGGAGAAACUACUAAAUCUUCCGGAAAACUUAGGCACCGCCGCCUACCGAGAAAUCUGCCUAGCAUGGGGCAUCAAAGGUGACUUGGAAAAGCUUAAAGGCACCUUAAGCACUGUCAAAGCGGUGCUCUUGGACGCUGAAGAAAAACAGACUUACAAUCAUGAGCUGCGGGAGUGGCUAGCAAAGCUCAAGAAUGCCUAUUAUGAUGCAGAAGAUGUGUUGGAUGAAUUCGAGGUUGAAGUAUUGCGGAGUCAAGUCCUGAAACAUAGGAGCCUUGGAAGAAAGGUGUGCCAUUUCUUUUCAUGCUCAAACCCUGUUGCCUCUGCUUUUAGGAUGGGCCAUAAGAUCAAAAGCAUUAGAGAAAGGUUUGACGAAAUUGCAGCUUUGAAAGAUAAAUUUCAUCUCGUCGAAAGAGAUGGCCCCUAUCAUGAGGACGGUAGGAGUCUCCUGCAGAUAAGGGAGAGCGACUCUUCGCUUGAACCUAAUGUCGUAGGUAGAGAUGAUGAUAAAGAAAAGAUAAUAGAAAUGUUAAUGCAUCCAACUGAUGGGAUUGGGGAGGCAAUCCCCGUCCUUCCCAUCGUUGGAAUCGCAGGUCUUGGGAAGACUGUCCUUGCAAAGUUGGUGUUCAGCGAUGAAAGGAUCGAUAAGCAUUUUCAAUUGAAAAUAUGGGUGUGUGUAUCAGAGGAUGUUGAUUUUAAGCAAUUGAUGAUGAAAACCAUAAAAUCUGCUACAGGUGAAAAUUGUAGUGACAUGACUAAGGAACAAUUGUAUAAAGUUUUACGACGUAGUCUGGGUGGGAAAAGGUAUUUGCUCAUACUGGAUGACGUCUGGAACGAAGAAAUUAGAGAUUGGAUUGAUCAAGCUUUGUUAAUGGACAGAGUCAAUGGAAGCAAAAUCAUGGUCACUACACGUAGUCAUCGAGUUGCUGCAAUUACAGGCACGCUUCCCCAAUACAACUUAAAAGAUCUUCCUUACGAGGAAUCAUUGUCCUUGUUUCUCCAACACGCCUUCAAAAAGGGCAGUGAGAAACAACCUUUGAACCUCGUAAAAAUUGGGGAGGAAAUUGUUAAAAAAUGCAAAGGGAUUCCUUUAGCCGUGAAGACGCUAGCAAGCCAACUUUGCUUUGAAACUGCAGAGGAUGAAUGGAAACGAGUUAGAGACAAUGAGAUGUGGGAGUUGGAGCAAGAGGGAAAGGGCAUCUUUCCAGCUCUAAGACUAAGCUAUGACCGACUGCCUCCACAUCUGAAGCGAUGCUUCGCUUAUUGUUCUGUGUUUCUGAAGGACUAUGAAAUUUCCAAUCUUCAAAUGGUCUCAUUUUGGGUGGCACUUGGUCUUCUUAAAUCUUCAAAGGAGAAUGAAGUGCUAGAAGCUGUUGGGAAACGAUACUUGAGAGAGUUAUGGGCUAGAUCUUUGUUUCAAGAAUUCCAAGAAACACCUUUCUUGAUUAGAUUUAAAAUGCAUGACCUUUUACAUGAUUUUGCACUAAGGCUGGCAAAAGAUGAGUGCUCCGUUGUGAAAUCAUGUAGCCAAGAUUUGAGCCAAACGGUUAGACAUUUGUCAAUUGUUAACCCACAUCUAUUGCGCCAAGGUGCUCCUAGGUUCUUGGAUAAAGCUGGUCGUGUGCAAACACUUUUCUUUCCAAAUGUGGAAAAGUUCAAUAGUGUGUCUUUCAUUGAAGAAUGUGUGUCAAGAUGUCCUCGACUAAGAGUGCUAGAUUCGAGUGAGUCUAGCUUUGAGAAAAUGCCAAGAAAUAUAGGUAAGUGGAAGCAUCUAAGGUAUCUCAAUCUAAGUGACAAUGUCAGCAUCAAGAAACUUCCGAAUUCUAUCAGCAAGUUGCAGAGUUUGCAAACGUUGUUUCUUGCUGGAUGCAAUGCAAUCGAAGAGCUGCCCCGAGGUAUAAGGUACAUGAUUAGUCUCAGAAUGUUGUUCAUAACUACAAAACAGAGGGUUUUGCCAGAGAAUGAAAUAGGACGCCUCAAGUCUCUUCAGUAUUUGUCAUUUUCUGAAUGUGACAACUUGGAGUAUUUGUUCCAAGGGAUGCAAAAUCUCACAUCCCUUCGAACUAUGUUGAUUUUGUGGUGCCAAAGCUUGGUUUCAUUGCCGCAUGGCAUCAAGUACCUGACUGCAUUACAAUGUCUGGUGAUUUGGGAUUGUGAAAAGCUCAGUCUUGAUAUGGAGUUGGAAUUCGAAGGGAAACAAGAUGGCAGCCUUCGGUCAUUAGCAAUCGGAGGAUUACCAAAGUUAGUGGCAUUGCCCCAGUGGCUUCUUCUAGGAUCCACCAAGACUUUGCAGUAGUUGAUCAUCAUGGGAUGCGAGAAUUUGACAGCAUUACCAGAAUGGUUCCAAGAUGUCACAGCCCUUCAAUUGCUGCAGAUUGCGGGAUGCCCCAAACUAUCAUCCCUGCCAGAUGGAAUACAACACUUGACUUUCCUCAACCAAUUGGCGAUUCAAGCUUGUCCUACAUUGAGCAAACGAUGCAAACCAGGAAUAGGUGAAGAUUGGCCCAAGAUUGCUCAUGUUACUAAGAUUGUGCUUGACGGCAUUGAGAUUGCACCUGCAAAUGACCAUUAUUAG